AAAGCGCCCGGUAACCAUACGGUAACCCUUCACUUAGUUCACUUCAGUUUUGUGCGGCGAAUACUGUGGAUCUCAGAUCACUAUUCAUUGGAUUAUCAUUCACCAAAGAUGUCUGAAAAACAUUUAAAAGCUGGUGACCCUCUCCCUCCAUACAAUGGAAAGCUCCGUCUGUUUGCCAUGAGGUUCUGUCCGUACGCUGAGCGCAGUGUGCUAGUCCUCAAUGCCAAGAACCUCCAGCAUGAUCUGGUCUUCAUCAACCUGGACAGCAAGCCCGAAUGGCUCUUUGAGUUCAACCCAAAAGGUUCAGUGCCAGCAUUGGAAUACGAGCAAGGCAAAGCCAUUUUCGACAGUGCUAUCAUCAACACCUACCUGGAUGAGAAGUAUCCGGAAGUUCCACUGCAGGCUACGGACCCACUCCGCAGAGCUCAAGACAAAGUGUUUGUGGAACUGUUCUUGGGGGCACACUCAUCCUUCUACGUGGCUGCAUUCAACCCAGACGGUUUUCAGCCUUCCCACUUAGAAGCGUACAGCAAAGGCCUGGAACGCCUGGAGAAGGAACUAGAAGGCCGCGGCACCAAGUUCCUGCACAGCAAUGAGCCGGGGCUGGUUGACUACACCAUUUGGCCGCAUCUGGAACGGUUCGAGUCUCUGCCGCUCCUUGGGAAGGCUGACAUGGCUAUUGACAACACUAAGUAUCCGCGUGUGGCAAGCUACUUGGAGGCGAUGAAGCAAGUGCCAGCCGUGAAGCAAUACUACCUGUCUGCCGAGACUCACGCCAAGUUCGUCGAGUCCAAGACCAAGGGCGAGGCCAACUACAACAUGCUCGACACCAGCGAUGUGUGCUGCAUGCGUCCUAGGAAGAAGAAGCAGUAAAACAUACGUAUUCUAAUGUAUCAAUCCUGGCUACUAAGAUUAUAGUCUAGAAAU